AUGAACCCCGCACUCAUAUGGCCCCAGUUAUGUCUUCUUAUUUAUCCAGAAUUCGUCUUACUGCGAUCUCCUGUAGCCCCCCCAGAUGUUUUGACCCUAGCAACAUUCGCCUACCAAGUCUAUGACACCUAUAAAGGCGCUCCGAAGAGAUUUAAAGAUCUCACAGAUGACAUCAAAGGUCUUGAGAUCCUCAUUCGGAGACUGGGGAAUAGACUUGCCCUCCAACAGGUGGACACUACUGGGCAAGAGAAUUCUGAAGAGACUCUACUCUCGUCUGAUGAAGUGGCGGACUUGGAACAACUGGUCAAACAAGCUGGAAAGUUGUUAGAGGAGUUGCAGCAGAAACAAGGAUAUGCGUCAGCUCUGAGAGGAUUGAGUCGGUUUAGGUGGUCGCAAGGGGAAGUGGACUCCGUGAGGUCCAGAAUUACGUCUCUUUGUGCGAUCAUUGGGGCAUUCAAUAGUGGAUUGAUGCUUCCUCAUAUUCCGUUCAUAGUCCCCAUGGUCGACACACACCAAGAGAUCCCGGAAAAGUUAGAUAACUUCCUUCCGAGUCUCAACGAGAAUAGCCUUUUAUCUACCGUCUCCGUGGUUGAUCCUAACACCGCAACCCUUACCGAAGUUGAAAACGAGGUAAACCCAGAGGGGGCCAACCGAGACCGAAUGCCUGACUACGGUAUAUCCGAAGCGGAAGCAGAGCAGAAUCAAGAUCUUAACUUGGAAUGGACAGCUCAUGCAUCUGUACCGGUGGUUUCGCCUCUCGUCAAACGAUCACCGGCCACAGGCUCUCUCAUGAGAAAUACAGGUGCCAAGUUAGGUUUAGGAGCGCACACAGAAGAAAUUGAAGUAAUUUCAGCCAUAUACGGACCAAGGGUUGUUACAGACGUUAUCAGACACAUUGUCAAUGCGCACUCAUGUCUAAAGAUGACAAGAGUUGUUUUCUCAGCUACGAACGAGACGUUCGGUGGAGACCCUUGGCCGAACUGCAUUAAGGCGUUCUCAAUGGUCUGGCGCAAAGUGAUUCGACUCGAUUAUGGGAAAAUUUAUUCGGCUCCUCAGAAGCUCUUCGCUGAGGAAGGUGAACUACUUACCAUCGAUCUCUCGAUCGCUCUGCCUUUCCACAAGAGUUCGGAAACGAAGAGCCGGGGUUCGAUCUAUAUCUUGAAUGCAAGCUGGCAUAAUAUCGACGUGACUGAACAUGUCGCGUCGAUAACGGCGAAGGAUCCACGACCGGAUAUCAUAGCGUCAAAUCAUGAGUUCUUCGCAGUGGAUCCGUGCUACGGACACAAGAAGGUCAUGUCCGUAACUUGGACGUACUCGGAUAUUGCGACGGCACUAUCAUAUUGCGAGGUGAGGGCUGUAACUGAGGAUUCUUCGAUACAAAUACCCCCAUACUUAGAUAUUAUUUGUGCGAAUUGGGGUGGGCUGGAUGUUACGGAUCUUGUUCGAGCGAAGAUCACACCUCAGCAGACAUUGCACUUUGACACUAAGAAUGGCUGUGCGUUUGCAUCUCCCGAUCCGUUACCUGGAUGGCAGAAGACGAUUUCGAUAUUGUAUCGAUAUGGGUCAUUAGAACCAAUGCAACUGCUGGUUAUAGAUGAGAACUCUGACUAUGUCAUGAUUGACCCAGGGAAACGGCUGAGACGGAAUUUCUUUUUCUCAAAUACUAUAGAAGUCACAUCAGAUAUCAGAUUAGUGGCUGCUGUGUGGGGAUUGCAGCCGGUUUUUGAGAAGCGGUUUGGCACGGCUGUGACAGAGAGAAAGGAGGUUUCUUGUAGUAAUGACUUCUUUGAGAGGGAUGGAUGGGUUGGGACGCUAAAAACCCUUCAGGUGUUCUUGCAGAAUGUCCAUACGGGGGAGUGUACUUGUGUGAGUGCGAAAGAGGGGAGUGUCCUUAAGAUGCCAACUGUUUGGCCAGGGCAUUAG